UCACUGUUUAUGUUCCAGAGUGGUAUCCUAUCCCUGAUGAAGAUACCUGUGAUAUAUUUUCAAAAUGCGUUGGUUUCCCUAGCUCAGCGGUCUCCAAACUUUAUAAAUGAAGGGCCAGGGGGCCGGAUUGGGGCCACUGGGAGUAGAAAGUGUCCUGGGAUCAGUGAGUACACAAGCCUCAUCAUUGGUAUUAAUGGGAGGAAUAGUGCCCCAUUAUUGGUGUCAAUGAGAGGAAUAGUGCCCCAUCACAGGUAUCAGUGGAAAGAAUAGUGCCCCAUCAUUGGUGUCAGUGGGAGGAAUAGUGCCCCAUCACAGGUAUCAGUGGAAAGAAUAGUACCCCAUCAUUGGUGUCAGUGGGAGGAAUAG